GUGACCACUAUUUUGGAGCGGGGAGAGAGAGUAAUAUACAACAUACCAAAAUUUCUACCAUCUCCCUUUAGUUCUUCUUCUUAUUUUUCCCUUUUGGGCUUAGCAAAUCUCUGUCUUUUUUGCUUCCAAUUUUUGUUGCUUGGUACAGAUGCAAAGAAGGGCGAUUUGGGGUUCGAAUUUAGAGUUAAUAAGCAAAAGGGGUUAAGAAAAAACCCAGAAAAAUUCAAGGGAAAUCAUGGAAGAUUCACGUGAAAUGCAUUCCGAAGAGGAUAAAGGUCAUAUUGGGAAAAACAGGCCAAGAAUAAUCAAGACGCGUGCACAACGUGAAGGUCUAGAGAAAUUCUAUAAGGAACAUAAGUAUCCUACAGAGUCAAUGAAAUUGGAAGUGGCACAUUCAUUGGGAUUAACAGAAAAGCAGGUUUCUGGGUGGUUUUGUCAUAGGCGGUUGAAAGACAAGAGGCUAUUAAGACGGGAAAUUAAUGCAAAUGGAAGACAAGAUCGUUCAAGUGGCAUCAUUCAGGACCGUGGCAGCGGUUUUAGGCAGGAUUCUUGCGGAAGUACUAAGCAAGGUGAUGAUAAAUAUUUUGAUCAUCGGGAAGUUGAAAGUAGAAGAUUAACUGGGCCAGAAGUCUCAGCUGCAGAUGUGAUGCGUGAUGUUGCCGUUCAGUAUAGAGCAGAGUCUAAUCUCAUUGAAGACACACCUUCAGGAAGUAGCUCUUCCUUACGGGAUGCACGUUUUUCACAAAAUGUAGAAUCACUUGAUAUGGCAACUUCAAGAUACCUACCAUGUAAUGAACCUACUGGUCUUAAGAGUGUGAAACCAAGGACCGGCCCAUCAGGGUAUUUAAAAGUGAAAGGCAAGGUAGAAAAUGCUUCAAUUACUGCUGUGAAGAGGCAAUUGGGAAGUCUCUACCGGCGAGAUGGUCCACCACUUAGUGUGGAAUUUGACAUGCUUCCGCCGGGUGCUUUUGAAUCACCAGUGCAAACUCCUGUUGAUGACCCCGAAUAUACUGGAGAACCUGUUCUAGCUCCGACAGCAGAUUUCGCUGAAGUCUACAAGCAAUCCGAUUCACGCAUAGGGUAUGGAUUGAUUUCCAAGACAAACUCUCGCGUCUCUGAUUUGGAUGGUGCAAGUUUCAAAAAAUCAAGCAAGUCUGCUUAUCCUGAAUAUUAUAUCAACCAAAAACCCCGUCAGAAUUCGUCUAUGCACAAUGAUGAUCGAUACUAUCUUGGAAGGAACUCGUCGACAGAGAUGUGCAAAGUUUCCGGAAGAGAAGUGGGAGUUGAUGGCAGAUACAACAAUAUGUUUAUGGCUAAACGUGAUGGUACAGAAAUUAAAACUAGUCCUGGCUCUAGUGGUGGUUUUCGAAGUCCCUACACUGGAAAGGUCAAUAGGGAGCAGGUGGCGCCUAGGUUCACUAACUGCAAUGAAGCGAGCCUUAAGAUUGUGGAGGAGGAAGAUUCUGAACGCAAGCCUUCAAAUUUUGUCCGGAAGGAAAUUAAGCAGCGUUAUUUUCCGGAGAGAGUGCUCUCCGGUAAAGUUGAAAAGGAUUACCUCCAUGUGGAAAGACCAGCAGUUGAUGAAAGUUAUAAUGUAGAUCGCAUGAAGAUGCCCUGGGAGAAUGAAAUGAAGGCGGCCAAAAGAGCAAGGGAUGAAGCUCCUAGCCAUCAAGAGUAUAUGAGGAAAGCACCAGUGACCAUAAUGCCAUCCCAGACAAAUCAUCCAAUAAGGUCUGCCGCAGAGUUGUCGUCCAGCUUUAGUGAAGACGACAAAACAGAAGAAACCAGUUCUUUCGAAGGUUGAGCGAUUUGCAGCUGAGUAGAGAAAAAAAAGUCCAGAAGCUGUAGUGAUUCUUGAAUUACUAUUUUGUUGGUAGAAGCUAAGUUGCGUGGACUCUUCACCUUUUGAUGCCGCACCCGUGUCGGAUUCUCCAAAAAUACACUACUUUUGGCGAAUCCAACACGCUGCCGCUGACAAUUUUGAAGAGUCCGAGCAACAUAGGGUAGAAGUUUAUGCUCUCAUCAAUAUACUAGCAUGUGAAAUUGAAGAGCUUUCGGCCUUUGUACAGUAAAAGUAGUACUAGCAAUAUGUUUCAAUUGUUGUAAGCUUUUAUGAGUAAUAUAGUGACAUUUUAGACUUGGA